CCUCGGGCUAGGCUAGCUAGCUAGGUUACCACUCUGGUACAACAUGGCUGGUGAUGGCAUGGAGGUAUCUGCCAGCGGGGGUGGCGGCGGCAACAAGCAGCCGCAGAUCAGCCUUUUGGGGCUGUUCCUCGCAUGCAUGGUCGCCGGCGGCGUGCAGUACGGAUGGGCGCUGCAGCUCUCCCUUCUCACCCCCUACGUCCAGACACUGGGGAUUCCUCAUGCUCUUACAUCAGUCAUGUGGCUCUGUGGACCUAUUGCUGGCUUACUUGUACAACCCUGCGUCGGCCUCUAUAGUGACAAAUGCACUUCUAAGCUUGGGAGACGGAGGCCAUUCAUCUUUACAGGAUGCAUCAUCAUCUGUAUAUCUGUGAUAGUCAUCGGUUUCUCCUCAGACAUCGGUUACGCUCUCGGUGACACGACGGAAGACUGCAAUGUUUACACGGGGAAGCGGCUGCACGCGGCCUUGUUCUUCGUGAUGGGAUUCUGGCUGCUGGACUUUUCCAACAACACGGUGCAGGGCCCCGCACGCGCGCUGAUGGCGGACCUCGCAGGCAGCCACGGACCCAGCACGGCGAACGCCAUCUUCGUGUCGUGGAUGGCGAUCGGGAACAUCCUGGGCUACUCGUCGGGGUCCACCGACAAGUGGCACACCUGGUUCCCGUUCCUGCAGACGAGGGCAUGCUGCGAGGCGUGCGCCAACCUCAAGGCCGCCUUCCUGGUGUCGGUGGUGUUCCUGGGCCUGUCCACGGUGGUGACCAUGAUCUUCGCCCGCGAGGUGCCGCUGGACCCGGCGGCGGCGGCGAAGCAGGACGAGGCCGGGGAGUCGUCGGGCCCGUUCGCCGUUUUCAAGGGCAUGAAGAACAUGCCCCCCGGCAUGCCGCAGGUGCUCAUCGUCACGGGCCUCACCUGGCUCUCCUGGUUCCCCUUCAUCCUCUUCGACACCGACUGGAUGGGCCGCGAGAUGUACCACGGCAGGCCCGACGGCAGCCCCGAGGAGGUGGCCAGGUUCCAGGAGGGCGUCCGGCAGGGCGCCUUCGGCCUGCUCCUCAACUCCGUCGUCCUCGGAGCCAGCUCCUUCCUCAUCGAGCCCAUGUGCCGCAAGCUCACCGCCAAGGUCGUGUGGGUCAUGAGCAGCUUCCUCGUCUGCGUCGCCAUGGCCUUGGUCACCGUCCUCAGCUCCUGGUCGCUCGGCGACAUCGGGGGCAACGUGCAGGACGCCGCCGCCGUGGAUAAGGGCCUCAAGACCACCGCGCUCGCCAUCUUCGUCUUCCUCGGCUUCCCAUUCGCGGUCCUAUGCAGCGUUCCGUUCGCCGUGACGGCACAGCUGGCGGCGGCCAAGGGCGGCGGGCAGGGGCUGUGCACGGGGGUCCUCAACAUCUCCAUCGUGGUGCCACAGAUGGUCAUCGCCAUUGGCUCUGGGCCGUGGGACGAGCUGUUCGGCAAGGGCAACAUCCCGGCGUUCGGGCUCGCCGCCGUCUUCGCCUUCACCGCUGCCGUCGCAGGGAUCAUCAUGCUGCCAAAGCAGCCCAAGACCAGCUUCCGGUCCGUCUCCAUGGGAGGAGGGCACUGAUGAUCACAACUCUAGGAUGCAUGGUCCACUGUGCUUCACGAUUCUUUUACCUUUGGGAGUUGGACGGCCAGGUGUUUGUUCUCAAGGCCGCUUCCGAGGCCUAAACCAUUUCUAGGCCGGAUCAUGACGAACAAUCUGUUUCGCUGGGUUGUAAAGGAAAAGUUUUACACGAACACACAACGUGUCGGCUAUUUAACUUUUGGAAAAAAAAGUGUAGUACCUAGCAAUACUACAUUAAAAAAAAUUGGACGG